GGUAUGUCUCCAAUUAUCUAAAAUCAAAAUAUUCGCUCUUGUGCUGAUUUUCUCAACGGGAUUCCUUCACUUUUCGUCUCUUCCUUCUCCUGCUCUCCUGAUUCGCUUAGCUGCCAAUGCUGGAGAAAAUUAUAAAUUUGCGGUCCCAAUUCCCGAUUUUGAUGACCAGUCUAGUAAGUACUAUGAGAUGGGGCUUGGGAGGUUACCUAACAGGUAA